AUGACUGGAUUUACUACAGGUGAACUUCCUUUUCGAUACUUAGGUGUCCCAUUACGCUCAAAGAGGUUAUCAGUAAGCCAAUGCCAACCUCUACUAGACAAAAUGCUAGGGAAAAAUAAGCAAUGGACAGUGAAGUUUCUAAGCUAUGUUGGGAGGCUGCAAUUGAUAAAGAGUGUUCUAAUAGCUAUCCAAUCUUUCUGGUCACAAAUAUUUCCACUACCAAAAAAGACCAUUCAGUUGGUUGAAGCCAUUUGUAGGAAGUUUCUAUGGACUGGUGAUACUAGUUCGAGUAAGAAAGUGUUAGUGGUGUGGGAUAAACUAUGCAGACCUAAAACUAAAGGAGGUUUGAAUGUUACUGAUCUUGGUACAUGGAAUAGGGUGGCAUUAUUGAAACAUUUAUGGAAUCUUUGUAAGAAGGACAAGUUGUGGAUAAGAUGGGUGCAUGUCUACUACGUAAAAGGAAAGGAUCCAUGGGAAGUAGAUGCGAAUCAAGCUUCAUGGAUUAUCAGGAAGAUAUUGCAGGCUGGGAAAUACAUGAAUGAAGCAGGCUUGAACACUGGAAUGGGGAAGUUAUAUACAAAAUAUACAUUGAACAGCUGGGGGAUACAAGUAAGUCCAAACUGUCCAUUAUGCGAGCAAGAGUUGGAAUGUCACAAGCACCUUUUCUUUGCUUGUCCAUUCUCAGUAGACGUUUGGAGAAGGUUACUAGCAUGGCUGGGGAUUACGCGAAGACCAGGAAGCUGGGAUGAGGAGCUCAAAUGGGCAAUGGAUCAUGUUAAAGGCAAAGGAUCCAAAACUAUGAUAUAUAGGAUGAGCAUAACUGGAGCAGUGUACCACUUAUGGCUGGAAAGGAAUCGACGAGUUUUUCAACAGGAGAAAAUAUGCAGCGAAGAUAUUGUUAGACAUUACAUCAAAUCAGUUUCGGAUGUGUACCUGGAAUUUGCAAAGGAAACAAGAAGGAAAGAGUCAGCAGUAGCACAACAAGGCAACAACAAUGGAGUUAGCCCAGGAAUAACUAAAAUAACUAGCCGGAUACAGAUUUGGACAGCAGAACUAUCAAAUGACCCUCAGCAAUCAAUCAGGCAACCAAUGCAAGGUUACAUCAAAUCAGUUUCGGAUGUGUACCUGGAAUUUGCAAAGGAAACAAGAAGAAAAGAGUCAGCAGUAGCACAACAAGGCAACAACAAUGGAGUUAGCCCAGGAAUAACUAAAAUAACUAGCCGGAUACAGAUUUGGACAGCAGAACUAUCAAAUGACCCUCAGCAAUCAAUCAGGCAACCAAUGCAAGGGUAG